CGCUCCCCGCUCUUCCUGGAAACCGCGGCAUCGCGGAGGCGGCCGGCACUCAGUCCCGCGAGUGAGGGAGGGUUCGCUGCGCGAAGGCUGGGGCUGGGUCCUGGGGUGCGCGCGACGCCCGGACAGCCCCCGCCGCGGGAGCCCCGUGCCAGGGGGAGGCCUCCGCAACCCCCCGCCUCCCCGCCUCCGGGCCGCUGCUCGAGCGGCCACCCGUCCGCCCGGGGCCUCUCAUCUGUGGCAACGCCUCAGCAUUUGUUACUCGUUCCUCAGCUGCUGAGGACUUAGGGGUGCUUGUGCCACGCGGAGUGCGGGGGGCUCCCCUCAGGAGAGGGGCGCUGCCCACCGACCGCAGGCAGAGGGGCCGGGUGGCAGGGCCGCAGCUGCCCAGGGCGAGGCCUGCCCCGAGGAGCGCGCCGGGGAAGCCCAGCAGCGCCCUGGGGGCAUGGAGGAGCUCCGGCGCUCCUACAGCCGGCUGUGCAAGGAGGGCGGGGCCGAGCCCCAGGAGGCCGUCUUGCAGCAGCUACACCAGCUGCCGCGGGGCCGGCUGGACCUGGCCACUCAGAGCCUGACAGUGGACACCUGCAGGGCCCUGGGCAAGCUGCUGCAGAAGGAGACGCUGCUGACGGAGCUUGUCCUGAGUGACUGCAUGCUGAGUGAGGAAGGGGCCGCACUGCUGCUCCAGGGGCUGUGUGCCAACGCCGUCGUGCGGCUUCUAGAUCUGAAAGGCAAUAACCUUCGUGCUGCUGGGGCUGAGGCUCUGGGAAGACUCCUCCGACAGAACAAGUGCAUUCAGAACCUCACCCUGGAGUGGAACAAUCUGGGUGCGUGGGAAGACGCUUUUGCCACCUUCUGUGGGGCCCUGGCAGUCAACAGCGCCCUGCGGCAGCUGGACCUCCGCAACAACCAGAUCAGCCACAAGGGUGCUGAGGGGCUGGCCCUGGCCCUGAAGAGCAACGCCAGCCUCCAGCAGCUGGACCUGCGCUGGAACAACGUGGGCCUCCUGGGAGGCCGAGCUCUGGUGAACUGCCUCCCCAGCAACAGAACCCUCUGGAGGCUGGAGCUGGCUGGGAACAGCAUCCCCAGCGACGUCCUCAGAGCUGCGGAGCGAGCCAUGGAUCACAGCCAGGAGCGGCAGGCCGCUCAGCAGGAGAACCAGGCCCGCACCCACACGCUCAGCAAGGAGGUGCGGUGCCUCCGGGAAGAGAAGUCCAAGCAGUUUCUGGGCUUGAUGGAAACCAUCGAUAAGCAGCGAGAAGAGAUGGCCAGGAGCAGCAGGGCAUCAGCAGCACGCAUGGGGCAGCUGCAGGAAGCCUUGAAUGAGAGGCACUCCAUCAUCAAUGCCCUCAAGGCCAAGCUGCAGAUGGCUGAGGCUGCCCUGGCUCUGUCUGAGCAGAAGGCCCGGGACCUGGGCGAGCUCCUGGCCACCACAGAGCAGGAGCUGCGGGGCCUGGCACAGAGGCAGGCAAAGGAGCACAGGCUAGAGCAGCAGGAAGCUGCAGAGCGGGAGUCUAAGCUCUUCAGAGACUUGUCUGCUGCCAACGAAAAGAACCUGCUCCUGCAGAACCAGGUGGACGGACUGGAGCGGAAGGUGAAGUCUCAGCAGGAGCAGCUGUUCCUGGCCAGGCAGGAGCUGACCGACACGUCGGCCGAGCUGAAGAUGCGGGCUGUGCAGGCCGAGGAGCGCCUGGAGCUGGAGAAAAAGAGGUCCCGGCAGAGCCUGGAGGACUCGGAGCGCCUGCGCCUCAAGGAGGUGGAGCACAUGACUCGCCACCUGGAGGAGAGUGAGAGGGCCAUGCAGGAGCGGGUGCAGAGGCUGGAGGCCUCGAGGCUGUCCCUGGAGGAGGAGCUGAGCCAAGCAAAGGCCGCAGCACUUGGCGAGCGCAGCCAGGCCGAGGAGGAGCUCAUUAAGGCCAAGAGCCAAGUGCGGAUGGAGGAGCAGCAGCGCCUGGCUCACCUGGAGGAGAAGCUGCGGCUGCUGGCGCAGGCGCGGGACGAGGCUCAGAGCACCUGCCUGCAGCAGAAGCAGUCGGUGGCUGAUGCCCAGGCCCGGGCUGGCCAGCUCAGCCUGCAGGUGGAGGGCCUGCAGAGGCGCCUGGAGGAGCUGCAUCAGGAGCUGAGCAACAAGGACCAAGAAAAGGUGGCUGAGGUGGCCAGGGUGCGGGUGGAGCUGCAGGAACAGAACGGCCGCCUGCAGGCCGAACUGACGGCCCUGGAGGCGCUGAAAGAGAAGGCGGCGGCCCUGGAGCGCCAGCUGAAAGUGAUCGCAAGUGACCACCGGGAGGCGCUGCUGGACAGGGAAAGCGAGAACGCCUCCCUUCGGGAGAAGCUUCGGCUUAAGGAGGCUGAGAUCGCCAGGAUCCGCGACGAGGAGGCCCAGAGGGCCGUCUUCCUGCAAAAUGCUGUUCUGGCCUACGUGCAGGGCUCCCCCCUCAGGGCCCUGAGCCCCAAAAAGUGAGGGGAGGCAGGGAGACCAUAAGAGCGGCAGGCAGGUGGCAUUUGCCCACGUCUGGGUUCCAGCUCUGCUGUCCAUUCUUAUCAAGGGACAGGACAUCAGGCAGGUCCACGCUACUGAUGCAGGGUCUUCAGCUGGAAAAUCAGUGCCAAGAUGGACUGGCAAGUGGGAACUCUGCAGCUCGCCACCACUGGGUGGGCAGUCUGACCGGCCAAGGGGAUGGCAUGGGCAUUGCCUGGCCCAGGGAGUGGUGGUGCCCGUGACAGAAGGCUGUUUGCAGGAGCCUGAGCAGUCCGGGCACCACGCGGCCUUGGGCAUGUUCCCUAGGGCAUUCGGAAAUACAGAACAUUUGUAUUUUGUGAUUC